GAAAGGGGGUCAAACACAGUAUUAGUAUGGUGUUCCUAAUAAUCCUUUAGGUGAGUGUAUAUUCACUCACAAAACAUGUGUAUGCAUUAACACACACCUUAGCCAAGUAAAUCAAGUAAUGACAAUUGCUAAAAACAAAACACUGUUUGAUUUUUAGGUUAUUCAGGUUAUGCUCCAAAGCAGUAAACUUGCUCUCUUUUAAUUCUGAGACUCAGUAUCAACAAGAUAUUUCCUCUAAUUUUAUAUAACACAGGUUUUAUAAUAACAUUGUAAAUGUGUGAACAUAGGGACAGGAUUAGAAUUGAAAAUGGAAAUGGGCAGGAAAGGAUGGAUGGAUUGAGGGAGGAGGAGUGUAUGGUAUGAUGGGAGGAGGACCAAGGAGCUAUAUAACAUGCUGCCUAUCGCCUGCUUUGCUUACCAGCAUUCAUCCCUCCUCAAGGAACAGAAGAGCAGCAGUUACCCAACAGCAAGAAUGUCCACUCUCAACUCAGAGAAUGCCUCCACUCUGGAGAACGCCAUGCAACUCAUGAUCCAGACAUUCCACAAGUAUUCUGGGAAUGAAGGAGACAAAUACACUCUGAGUAAGGCGGAACUCAAAGAGAUGCUCACGCAGGAACUGGGCAGCUACCUUGGGAAUGCUCAGGAUAGGAAUGCAGUAGAUAAAGUUAUGGGAGACCUGGAUUCGAACAAUGAUGGUGAGGUGGACUUCACAGAGUUCAUCAUCCUGGUGGGUGCCCUCACUGUCGCCUGCAACGACUUCUUCCUUGAGUAUCAUCAAAACGAUGAAAAGAAGGGUGAAAAGAAAGAGUAGAGUUGCAUUUCUUUGAAUAAAAGCCAACACAUGACCAGUGAAUGCUGCUGGGGGAAAUUAGGGGAGAGGGGGAAUAUGUGUGUAAAUUAACCCUGCUUACUAAUGUUCACCUGCUGAAAACAGUUCAUUUCUAUAUCCAGAGCGUGUCUUUGGGUUCACAAAAUGUGCAACAACAUGUUUUCAACCCCUGCAUUAGAAAUGAAAGCAAAUGGAAUGAGAUUUAAUUCAAUGAUGGUCUUUGUAGAAUAUGUGAAUAAUGUUUCUUUCUUUCUUUUCUUUCUUUCUUUCUUUUUUACAAUUUGGAUUUUGUCCUUUUGUAAACAAUCUCUCCUUAUUACAAUAAA